UUCGCAGCUCCGGGAUUUGCACUUCUUCCCCGGGGCGUCUCCGGUUUGAUGAUAAGGCCAUGGGGAUUCCCUACCGCCGUAGCGUGCUGGGUGUGCUCCUGUGGCUGGCUCUGCUGGGAUUCGGCCGCCCGGCGUCGGCGAACGUGGUCCUGAUGGGCAGCGACGUCACUCUGUCCUUCGCCGCCGUCGAAGCUAACUUCGCUCCGCCGGUUAAAGGUUCUGGGGUCUGCGGCGUGCUGUAUCUUGCGGACCCGAUUGAUGCGUGCUCUCGAUUGGCGAACGAGGUCUCCCGGUUUCGAAAUGCCAGCUCCCCUUUUGUCCUAAUUGUUAGGGGAGGAUGUACUUUCGAAGAUAAAGUUAGGAGAGCUCAAAAGGCCGGAUUCAAAGCAGCUAUUGUCUAUGACGACAAAGCUGAGGGCAGCUUGGUGCCAAUGGCUGGAAACUCAGCUGGGAUAAAAAUCCAUGCUGUGUUCGUUUCUAAAGUUUCGGGGGAAUUACUUCAAAACUAUGCUGGUUCAACUAAUGUGGACCUAUGGAUACUUCCAAGCUUCGAAGACUCAGCUUGGUCAAUCAUGGCUAUUUCAUUUAUUUCCCUUCUUGCCAUGUCAGCAGUUCUUGCCACGUGCUUCUUCGUCCGUAGGCAUCGCAUAAGACGAGAAAGGCCUCGAGCUCCUCGUGUUAGGGAGUUCCAUGGAAUGAGCAGUCGCUUAGUGAAAGCAAUGCCGAGUCUCAUAUUUACUGCUGUUUUAGAGGAUAACUGCACAUCUAGGGCAUGUGCCAUAUGCCUUGAAGACUACAAUGUCGGAGAGAAGCUCAGGAUUUUGCCGUGUCGUCACAAGUUUCAUGCAUUAUGUGUCGACUCAUGGCUUACAUCGUGGAGAACUUUCUGCCCAGUUUGCAAGCGUGAUGCAAGAACUAGCACAGGCGAACCCCCAGCAUCUGAGAGCACGCCAUUGCUUUCAUCGAGCCCUGCUUCUGUGGCUUCCUCCUCUGCUUUGUCUUCUGCUAGAUCAUCAGUGGCAUCAUCGUCAGCCAUCCAAAUAGCUAGAGCGUCACGUCCUCCAUCCGCUUCUCGUACUCCAUCUCUCUCGAGCACUUAUUUGCAGCAUUCUCUUAGGUCCUAUAGACAAUCUUCUCCCCUGAGCAUUAGCCAUAGCUCUGUUGACCUCAGGAAUGCAUCGUCUCACCGGUCUCAAGGAUCCUACUUGGUCUCUCCCUCUCCCCACUCGCUGGGUUAUCCCCCUAUAUCACCUGUCAAUUCAAGAUACAUCUCACAUUACAUUCCAAGCCCGAGCAAUGCUUCUGCAAGUUUUGUCAGUUCUAGUCACCAUCAUCACCCGUUACACCACAGUGAAUCAGCUGCAAGUUUCUCACCUUUUGCGUCCGCUCAGUCCCUUCCAGGGUGUUGAUUGGUAUUUGGUUCAUAGCAGAUUGCCUUUACUGCUUGCUAUCCAAUCCAGUCUCCAAGUCUCGAGCAAUAACCCAACGGUAUCGCUAAAUUAUGCCGGAUUCAGUUCAUACAUCUGUGUACAUGUCUUGAUUAGGUCUGAACCAGAAUGUCACAAGCUUCCUUCCCAUUGUAAAUUGUACCAUGAGUUUGAGUUUUUGUUAUCUGUUAAAGUGACUGACAUGGUCCGUGCACAUUACGGCUCGUUAUUUUUUGAUACAAAGUGUGCGAGUGUAUGAUGGCUGUGCAGAUUUAGUUUUCUA